AAUUACAUUUUGUCCAAUCACUCGUACUGCAACAUUCUCAAAUUUUAUGUAUAAUGUAUUGCAUAUAUAAUUUUGUUAACUAAUCAAUCCCAUGUUCAGGAAAUAUUUAAAUUGAAUGUGAAGAACAUCAAAUAAAAGUGAAAACAUAGUGGUUUAGCUUUUGUAGUAGAACACAGAAUCUGCAAAAGGUGAAAUAUCAACAUUUCCAACCAUUUGAGUCAUCCAUCACAUCUCUCUCAUUCUCCCUUGCUCAAACUACUGAAGGAAAAAAAAAUCGAAGUCCAAUGAAAAAACUCAUCACCACCACCAUUAUUCUCUUGCUAUCACUGGCCACACACAUCAACUCCGACCUCAGCUCCGACGCAGCCGCCCUCCUCGAUUUCGCGGGCAGCGUUCCCCACGUGCGCGAGCUCAACUGGAACGCUAGCGCCUCAGGCACAAUCUGCACUACAUGGACAGGCAUCACCUGCUCCAACGACAAAACCCGAGUGACGGGAGUCCAUCUCCCGGCACUCGGGUUCUUCGGCCGGAUUCCGGCCAGCACGAUCGGAAAGCUGGACGCUCUUAAAGUCCUCAGCCUGAGAUCGAACCACCUCAGCGGCAAUCUCCCUUCCGACAUCCUCUCCCUCCCUUCCCUCCAAGCUCUGUACCUACAACGCAACAACUUCUCCGGCCCCAUCCCGGCCUCUCUCCCGCCCCGUCUCGCCCUCUUAGAUCUCUCCUCCAACUCCCUCUCCGGCCCCAUCCCGCCCUCCCUCGCUAACCUCACGAGGCUCGCCGUGCUCAACCUCCAAUCCAACUCCUUCACCGGAAAUCUGCCUGAUUUAGACAUUCCAUCUCUCAAUCUUUUCAAUGUCAGCUACAAUUCGCUUAACGGCACCAUCCCUCAGUCCCUCCGCAGAUUCCCAGCUUCCUGUUUCAUCGGAAACGUUAAUCUCUCAGCCUCAUCGCCUUCUCCACCAACGAAAACAAGGAAACUAAACGUGGGAGCCAUUGUUGCUAUAGCAAUCGCUUGCGUAGCUCUGUUUUUACUAGCAAUGCUGUAUCUCCUAUUCUGUAUAAAGAAGAAGAGCGACGGCGAGAGGUCGUCUACGAGAGUGAUCAAGGUGAAGACUUCAUCGUCGGACGGGGGCGUGGCGACGGAGAAUCUGAAGUCGGAUGAUUUCGGGAGCGGCGUGCAAGGGGCGGAGAAGGUGAGGCUGACGGUGAUGGAAGGAAUCUCGUUCGGCUUCGAUCUGGAGGACUUGCUCCGGGCGUCAGCGGAGGUGCUGGGGAAGGGGAGCCACGGCACCACCUACAAAGCCAUCCUAGACGAGUCCACCACCGUCGCUGUUAAGAGGCUCAAAGAGGUCGGUGUUGCCAAGAAGGAGUUUGAUCAGUACAUGGAGCACGUAGGACGCCUCGGCCGCCAUCCCAACGUCGUCCCCUUGCUCGCUUACUAUUGCUCCAAAGACGAGAAGCUUCUCGUCUAUGAGUAUAUGCCUUCGGGUAGCCUCUCUGCUGCCCUGCACGGAAACCGAGAUGCAGGGGGAGGAGGGGGUGCAUUGGACUGGGAGUCGAGGCUAAAUGUGGCGAUCGGAGCAGCAAGAGGUGUGGCACACAUUCACUCAGAAGGUGGGGCCAAGUUCAUCCAUGGCAACAUAAAGUCCUCCAACAUACUCUUAAGAGGAGGUCUAGACGGCUGCAUCUCCGACUUGGGGUUGAGCCCUAUGCUAACAGGCUACAGCGACGUCAAGUAUCGGGUGGCCGGAUACAGAGCACCGGAGGUGAUCGAGGCGAAGAAGGCCGCCACGCACAAGUCGGAUGUGUACAGCUUUGGUGUGGUGCUUCUUGAAAUGCUGACGGGGAAGAGCCCGGUGAGGUACCCCGGGUACGAGGAGGUGGUUGAUCUGCCGAGGUGGGUGAGGUCCGUGGUGCGGGAGGAGUGGACGGCUGAGGUUUUCGAUGUGGAGCUGAUCAAGCAUGGCGGGGUCGAGGAGGAGCUCGUGCAGAUGCUGCAGAUAGCGUUCUGCUGCGUGGCCAAGGUGGCGGAGGCGAGGCCGUCAAUGGAUGAGGUGGUGGGGAUGAUGGAGAGGAUCCGACAUCCCGAUGUCGAUAAUAGGCCGUCGUCCGAGGACAACGCGCAGACGCCGUGAGACAGGGGAGGGAAAUUGUAGUAUCCAACAUGUAUAUCAACUAGUACUACUACUAGACAAUAUUAUUAUUUUGAUUUUGUGUUUGUUGGUUGUGAUGUGAUUUGAAGUGUAGUUGUGUUGUGUAGCGACCAUUUUUCAUUUCCUAAAGAGGGAUGCUAGCUGCCUAACAUCCCUUUCAUUUGCA